AUGGCUGAUGAAUCAUUCCUUCGAGAAGGAAACUUAUCCUCGUUACUCGAUCAAUCAGUACUUUCCUUGGAUUAUUACAAUUCGUUCAUUAACCCUUUUAAGGAUUUUCAAAAUCAAGCCUGGUUUUCUUUCCAAGAUAGCAUUAAUUUUAAUCUUCUCUCUACUAGUUUAUCGGCUGGUGAUCAUAUGUUUAUGGCUUCAGUUGAUCUUGAAGCCAUCUCUACAAUGUCUCAAGAUGUGUUGAGUGGUUCGUGGUAUGAAAAUACUGGUAAUUACAAUAAUCAGGUCGAACCAAUUGGAGAUGAAAUAUCAAGAACUAAUGGCUUAGUGAAUCCAAAAAUGGAGGUAAUAUUGCAUGAAGAUAAUAACACGAUGAAAGAGACAGGAAUCCAGAACAGGAGAUACAGAGAAGAUGGAGUCAUCAAGAGUUUGUCAAGAGAAGCACUCAAACCAUACUUCUACAUGCCGAUAACUAAAGCAGCCAAAGAGCUGAACAUUGGAGUAACCCUCUUGAAGAAAAAGUGUCGUGAGUUGGGUAUUCCUCGUUGGCCUCACCGUAAGCUUAUGAGCAUCCAGGGCAUAAUUACUAACCUCAAGGAUGAGUUAGGGAAGACGGGGGGAGAAAUGAACAGGACUAAGCUGAGAAAUGCUUUGGAGAUGCUGGAGAUGGAGAAGAAGAUGAUUGAGGAGGAUCCUCAUUUGAAAUUUGCGGAUAAGACUAAGAGGUUAAGACAGGCUUGCUUUAAAGCUAACUACAAACGAAGACGGCUUUUGUCGUCUGUUUCUACCACAUCGUCUCUCUCCUGGGAGCAAGAGCCUGUCUAG